CCAGACUCAAUCCCAGGUGGAAAGGAGUGGGACCCCCUGCCAAGGCCGCAAGGCCCCAUAGGGGAGCCUGUGGGGCGGGCUCCCCUUGCCCUCUGCAGAGGCUCAAGGCCCCCGGGGACAGGAGGACUGGGUUCCCAGGCCAGCAUGGUGUUUAUCAGCUAUCUCCUUAGUCUCAGCUGACCUCCCCCGACCACGGCCCCAUUGCACCACCUGCCCCAAGCCAGGCCAGUUCCUCUCCCAGAAGUCCUGGCUGUCCAAGAAGAGGGCAGGAUAAGCUGCCUUCUUCUCGGUCAGCUUCAGAUGGGGCCUCUGGUUGCACUGAGACAGGCCUCUUCCCCUGCUCAGAGCCGUCCCUGCUCCCCCAGCCCCUGAGCUGCCCUCCUAGACACUGCACGGAGAGCUCCUUCCUGUUCACAGGUGAGGACACCCGAGCUUGGAGGCAUCUUAACUUGGAUGUGCGUGGCCAGGACCCAGCUGGGUCUGUAAGUCCUGGCUGGGGCCGGGGUCUGUGCCUGCUGCGGCUGUGUGCCAACAGGGUUUGCAGAGGAAAGGAACCUGAUGUAGCAUCUUAUUGCUCAUUGUUCCUUUUUCUUAUGAGUUCGAGAAGUAGGCAGCGGUAGUGACAUGAAAAUGGCCCCAGAUGCACGCAGGCAUCAGUGCAGAACCCGGCAGUGGCCCCUCUGAAGCACAUCCUACAAGCCCUGUCGUUUCCCCCACAGUUGCUCAUCUCUGACUGAUGCAGACACUUCAAGACAAAACCACAACACCUUGCACGAUUAGACAGCUCAGAAUGUUUUCCAACGGCUCAUUUUUAUUUUUUACUUUUUUUUUUUCUUGAGACAGAGUCUCCCUCCGUCACCCAGACUGGAGUGCAGUGACAGGAUCUCAGCUCACUGCAACCUCGGCCUCCUGGGUUCAAAGCGAUUCUCCCACCUCAGCCUCCCCAGUAGCUGGGAUUACAGGCUCCCCACCGGUGCAGGAAGCCACCGCCCAGCCAUGGACGGGGAGGAGCAGCAGCCACCGCAUGAGGCCGACGUGGAACCUGUUGUGCCGUCGGAGGCUUCAGAGCCAGUGCCCAGGGUGCUUUCUGGAGACCCCCAGAACCUGUCCGACGUGGACGCCUUCAACCUGCUCCUGGAGAUGAAGCUGAAGCGGCGGCGUCAGCGGCCCAACCUGCCGCGCACUGUGACCCAGUUGGUGGCUGAGGACGGGAGCAGGGUGUAUGUGGUGGGGACAGCCCACUUCAGCGACGACAGCAAGAGGGACGUUGUGAAGACCAUCCGGGAGGUGCAGCCUGAUGUGGUGGUCGUGGAGCUCUGCCAGUACCGUGUGUCCAUGCUGAAGAUGGACGAGAGCACGCUGCUGCGGGAGGCCCAGGAGCUCAGCCUGGAGAAGCUGCAGCAGGCCGUGAGGCAGAACGGGCUCAUGUCGGGGCUGAUGCAGAUGCUGCUGCUGAAGGUGUCUGCACACAUCACUGAGCAGCUGGGCAUGGCCCCAGGCGGCGAGUUCAGGGAGGCCUUCAAGGAGCCUCUGCUCCAGGCCAGCAAGGUGCCUUUCUGCAAGUUCCACCUGGGUGACCGGCCCAUCCCCGUCACCUUCAAGAGGGCCAUCGCUGCGCUCUCCUUCUGGCAGAAGGUCAGGCUGGCUUGGGGCCUGUGCUUCCUGUCAGACCCCAUCAGCAAGGAUGACGUGGAACGCUGCAAGCAGAAGGACCUCCUGGAGCAGAUGAUGGCAGAGAUGAUUGGCGAGUUCCCGGACCUGCACCGCACCAUUGUCUCGGAGCGGGACGUCUACCUGACCUACAUGCUGCGCCAGGCCGCCCGGCGCCUCGAGCUGCCUCGGGCCUCUGACGCCGAGCCCAGGAAGUGCAUCCCCUCCGUGGUCGUGGGCGUUGUGGGCAUGGGCCACGUGCCUGGCAUCGAGAAGAACUGGAGCACCGACCUCAACAUCCAGGAGAUCAUGACCGUGCCCCCGCCGUCCGUCUCCGGCAGAGUGUCUCGGUUGGCCGUGAAGGCCGCCUUCUUCGGCCUGCUGGGCUACAGCCUGUACUGGAUGGGCCGCCGCACCGCGAGCCUGGUCUUGUCGCUGCCCGCCGCGCAAUACUGCCUGCAGAGGGUGACCGCGGCCCGGCACAAGUAGGAGACUGCUCCCCGCCCGCUCGGGCCCCUGAGGAGCCGGUGCCCCUGCGGCACUUCUGGGUGCCAGGUGCAUCCUAGCCCGCCCGAGGCCCCUGCCACCCCCCAUGGGGGUCUGGGCCCGGCCUCGCCUGCCCUCCUGGGCCAGUCACCCCUCCCCCAGCCCACCCAAAUAAAGGAUUAUUUAACUGUCUGAGCUCAGGCCUCCCGGCAGCCCCUCCCCUCCCACACUGCAGGGGCCGUUCACCGGCUUCUGGACAAGAUGCCCGGCUCCGAGGGGGCAGGGGCUUGUAGGAGGGGCUGAGGCGUGUGCUGCCCUCUCAGCCCUGGUGGCGGGCGGGGGACAAUGGCCACUGUCCCUACCUCACUGUGCCUUCCUGUGCUCCAGCCACGGGAGCGUCGGCCCAGGGGCGGCUCCUGGGGGCUCCAGGGCAGGCGAGACUGGGAAAGGCCCAGCCCUCGAGCUCCAGCCGACCCCACCGUGCCCCUGGCAUCCUGGCGCCGGCCGCCACCUCCCCGGCACCGUCUGCCUGCAGGGAUUCUGUGUUUUUGGCUUUUUUAAUGUCUCAAAAUCUUUUACUCAGGUAAUUUUAAUUUCAAAGAGAAAAACUGAAGUAAAUGUCAAAAAACACCAGCCUUAAAUCCAGAGGGACAGAAUUCGUGUUCUUGGGUCUGUCCCGAGUGGGCUUGCAGCCAAACAUCAGCUCUGGGUCCAAGCGCGGCCUCAGCUGGGAGCCUGUGUCCUGAGCCCCCGGAGCGAAGGGGUGCCUGGGGCGUCUUGGCCCUCUGUGGGCAGACAAUGUGUGCAUCUAUGUGGAAGGCCAAGGACAUGGGCUGUGGCCAGGCCUGCCCCGCUUAGGCCCCCUACCCGGCAGCCGUCUGUGUGUGGGGCCUCCCUCCUGGCUGUCCAGGACACGGCCUGUGCAGCCCCAGCCUGGACCCAGGCCAUCUCUGGUUGUGUCUGUGCCGACUCAGUGUUGAAUCAAAUCAGGUGUGCGUCAGGAGCUGGCCGUGUCCUUCCUGCCACACUCGGGGAUUCAUUCCUUAGAAACUGAAAUAAAUUCUAAUUUUGGAAA